AUGUUGCCAAUUACAGCUGAACAACUUGGUAUUGAUAUCUCUCUCAUUCGUCUACCUGAAACUGCAAGAGAUAAAAUAUCAAACAUAACGCCAAUAGUUGGAUCCCUAUCAUCAAAUCUCUACAGUCCAGCCUUAAUCUAUGCUUGUCAACAACUCAGAAAAAAGCUCGUACCAUUAAAAUUCAAACAUCCAACCUUGACAUGGCGAAUACUUAUUGAACAAGCAUACUAUGAACGUAUACCAUUAUUUGCAAAUGGACUUUUAUUUUGUAGCAGAGAACCUUCUGAAUCAUAA